GUCUCCGCGCCCUGGUUUCCUCCGCAUGACUCACCGUGAGUGUGUGUGGAAGGUGAAGAGCAUUGCGUCAUCGGGGGGUGUGUCGGCUGGGAGGCGGGCGCAGCCGCCUGUCAGUCAGUGACGCCAGCGGAGCACGUGCGUCCGUCAUGGUGCAGGGGGCUGCAGGCGAGGACAGUCAGCGCAGCCACCGCGGGGAAGGGACGACUGCAACCCGAGCAGCCGGUGAAUAAUGUAGAGAGGAGUUUGGAUGGCGCGCGCGGAGCCAGAUGAAUAAUGCAUCGUGCCGGGAUCCAGUGGAACCUGUGGCUGCCAAGCGUCUGACUCGCCGCCUGCAUAUCUGCGCGUCAACUCCCGGGGAAAAUGUCUCAGUAUCAUUUCAUCAAAUGCUGUUGUUUCCAGCUAUGUAACGUAUUUCGGCAGAACAUGGAGAUAGACCAGUGUCUGCUGGAGUCUCUUCCCAUUGGCCAGCGCCAGAGGGUGGUCAGGAGGAUGCGCUGCGACCAAAUCAGAGCCUACUACGAGAGAGAGAAGAGCCUUCAGCGCCAGCCGGGGGGAGUCAAAGCACGGGCCCCUGCUGCCAAUCGCAAGAAGCAGCAAGUCAGAUUCAGCCCGGCGGAUGUUUUGCAAGACGCCAUCAUUCGCCAUGACGACAAAGAAGUGCUGCGGCUUUUGAAGGAGGGAGCGGACCCCAACAAUCAUAUUCCGUCUGGGGGUUCUUUACUGCACUUGUGCGCUCGGCAUGACAACGUUUUUGCGGCAGAGGUCCUGAUCGAGCGGGGUUUCAACGUCAACCUGCAGGAUGAAGAUCAAUGGACGGCCCUGCAUGUGGCGUGCGUGUGCGACCAUGCUGACAUGGUGCUGUUCCUGCUUUUGGCUGGGGUUAACGUCCUCCUGCAAGAUGUGAACGGAAACAUUCCCCUGGACUACACCUCUGAAGGAACGGAGACCAGCUAUAUCCUACGGAAGCAUCUGGAAGACAACGGUGUGGACGUGUCAUCCAUGCACGCGAUGAAGACGCAGCGACCAGCCACCAUGCUGUCGGACGUCAGGCAGCUCAUUGCCGCAGGGGGGACCCUCGAUCAAGCCAACGAUGAUGGGGUCACCUUGCUCCACAUCGCCUGUGCUAGCGGAUACCGGGACGUGGCGUCUCUCUUGCUGGAAAACGGGGCGGAUCCUCAUCCCACAUGCAACAACUCCUGGACGCCGCUGCACUUGGCUGCCAAGUACGGACAGACGAGCAUCGUGAGCAAACUUCUCAGACAUGGAGCGAACCCGACUCUGCUCAACUGCCAUCAAGAUAAACCAGCCGAUGUCGCUGCUUCAGAGCCCAUUGCUGAGCUGCUGCAGAAAGGAGAGGAGAGCUGGCUGCUGAGACUCAAAGACCCCUCAACUCCUCUUCCCUCCACUGACCAACGCUACGAUGGAGGUUCCCAUGACCUCACCAAGCCUGCGAAAAACUUGAACUCCCACGGCAUCUCGAUCUCAAAGCGGGACAGUCUGCUAGAGAAGUGCGCCAUGUUCCGUGAGGCAGGGGGAACGCUGACUCAUCAGCCCAGCUUGGAGAACGGGCUGGACGGCCACUACAGCUCUGGAGCCAGCAAACUAGAACAAGUCAAGUUGAUGCCACCUGCGCCCAAUGAUGACCUGGCGUCGCUCAGUGAGCUGACAGACAGCAGUCUCCUCUACGAGAUGCAGAAACGCUUCGGCAACGACCAGAUUUAUACGUACAUAGGACACAUUCUUCUGUUGGUGAAUCCUAACAAAGUGCUCCCCAUCUACUCCACUCUGGUGAGUCAGCUGUACCUGAGCUCCACGGGCCGCCUGUGUUCCUCUCUACCUCCUCAUAUCUUCUCGUCCGUCGAAAGAGCUUUUCACAUGAUGCUGCAGGAGAGACGACCCCAGUGUUUUAUUUUGAGUGGUGAAAGUGGUUCUGGGAAAACAGAAGCCUGCAAACACAUUGUGCGCCACCUGACAGCCAGAUCCACCUGCAAGGAGUUUGCUCUAGAAUCCAUGAUGAAACAUGUGAACUGCAUCCUGGAAGCUUUUGGACACGCGAGGACUCCGUGGAACCACAACUCCAGUCGCUUCAUAAAACUGCUGACCGUGCAGUACUGUGACAAGAGGAGGACGCUGGUGAGAGCUCGAGUGAACACGUUCAUGCUGGAGAAGUCUCGCCUGGUGGACUCGCCUGUUCACCAACACAACUUCAACAUCUUCUACCUAAUGGCUGAAGGCCUUUCAGCGGAGGAGAAGAGCGCACUGUACCUCAACAACGUCCUGGCUCAUAGGUAUCUCAGGCAGGGACCUCCAGGGGAGAAUCCUCCGGUAGCUGCAGCCUCCACUCAGAGCAGAGACCGCCUUGCUGCUGUUAAACAAGCCCUGAAGGCGCUCAGCUUCAACAAGCAGGAGGUUGAUUCAAUAUUCAUGCUACUCUCAGCCAUACUCCAUAUCGGGGAUCUGCGCUUUACAGCGUUGACCGACGCGGAAACAGCCUUCCCAUCUGACCUGCAGCUGCUGGACAGAGUUGCUGCUAUGCUGCAGGUGUCCUGCAACGACCUGAGCGCCGCUCUCACCUCCGAUGUCCAGUACUUCAAAGGUGAUGUCAUCACUCGUCGCCACACUGUGGAAAUGUCCCAGCAGCACAGGGAUCAGCUUGCCAAGGCGAUCUACUGCCGACUCUUCAGCUACCUGGUCAACAGCAUCAAUGAUUACCUACAAGGGCAAGAAGAGGCCGUGAGCGACCCUGCCUUAGAAAUCGCAGUCCUGGACAUAUUUGGGUUUGAGGCCUUUCAGAAGAAUGGAUUUGAGCAGCUGUGCGUGAACAUGACCAACGAGCGACUGAGACAGUUUGUCUCUGAGGUGCUGUUCCAGCAAGAGCAGACCGAGUGCCUUCAGGAGGGCAUCACCAUGGAGACCCCCACGUCCCCCAGCAACCUGCCAGCUGCGUUGGACUUCUUUCUGAUGAAGCCCCAGGGUCUGCUCUGUAUGUUGGAUGAAGAGAGCCAGAGCCUUCGGUCAGUGGAGCAGAGCCUGUGCAAGAGGCUGUCAUCUCAGUUCGACCCUAACCCCACUCUGGGCUUCUCCUUCACCACCAAAGACGGCAACGGGAACCCUCCACCGAAAGACCAGGGCCCGACGUUUACUGUCAGCCAUUAUAGUGGGCAGAUUUCAUAUGACCUAAGUGGGUCGGUGGCACGGAACAAGGACUCUCUCCCUCAGACCAUCUUGUUUACGAUGAAGUCCAGUGAGAAUGUUUUACUGCAGCAGCUCUUCCAGUCCAAGCUGACUCAGACUGGUUCACUGGUGCCAGCUCAGGCCGGGGUCAGACUCAGGGGGCCUAAAGCUGCUUUGUUGAUCCACAAGAUGUCAUCGGCCUCCUUUGUCGGUGCCGGCGCUCGGCCCGAACAGCAGAGGAGGUACCACGACCUAACCAAGAUUUUGAAGAAGAAAGGUUCAAGCUCUUUCCUCCAAAGGCUGGAGCGAUGUGGCCCCAUCACUGUGUCCAUCCAGCUGAGGAACUCGCUGUCAGAGAUGAUCAGCAAGCUGCAGGCCUGUACGCCUCACUUCGUGGAAUGUGUGCGCCCCAACACCAACGGUCAGCCCGACUCCUUUGACAGCUUGCAUGUGUCCGCCCAGCUGCGGCACAUCGAGGUGCUGGGGAUGGUGCGCAUGAUCCGGUAUGGAUAUCCAGUACGCCUGUCGUUCCAGGGCUUCCUCAACAGAUACAAGGACCUGGUGGUGCCGACUCUUGGGGAUAAGAAGAAAUGCUCACCAGAGGAGAAAUGUCGCUCUGUGCUGCUACACACCAAACUCCAGGGAUGGCAGAUCGGCACCAGUAAAGUGUUUCUGAGAUACUGGCAAGCCGACCAACUCAACGACCGCUGCUACCAGCACCACCGAAAGAUCAUCACUUGUCAGAAAGUUGUGCGUGGCUGGCUGGCCCGAAGACAGGUUCGCCGUAAAGUGUCGUCUCAGCAGAAAGAAGAGAGCAACGUGCAGCGUUUCCUCCAGGGGACGGAGGACAUGGGCCUGCGGACCUACGACCAGUUAGUUAUCCAAAAUGCAUCUGACAUAGCUCGUGAGAGUGAUCGCCUACGUUGCCAUGGUAAUGGCCUUCUCAACAACAGCCCACCACUGGGGGAGAGGCCUGAACCGGUGGGCAAGGAGGAGGAGCAUCCGGCCAGAAGAUUGGUGGAGAAAAAUGUUAAAGUCCACGAUGGAGGAUGUCGAGUGAUUCGCCAUUUUCGAUCCAGCUCAGUGCCCACGCCUCUUGUGAUGGAGAGCCUGACCCACUGCUCUGGAAGCCCGCCCCUCAAGCCCUCCCUGCCGCAGGUGGCCAAUGAUGGAACCGCUCUCUCAUCUCCUCGAAAGCAACCGCCCCCAAAACCAAAGAGGGACCCCAACACGCGCCUCAGUGCGUCUUAUGAAGCCGUCAGCGCGGGGUUGGUGAUGACAGCCAAAGAGAUUCCCACUCCAGAGGGGAAUGGGUCGCCAGCUGGAAGUCCUCCAAAGUCCCAGCUGUCCCCGACCGACCCUUCAGGCUCGUCCAAGCCCCGCCCCCACAGUGACGACUACACAACCAUGAGGAAGGUGCCCCCUCCAAAGCCCAAACGCAGUCCCAACACCAAGCUCUCAGGGUCGUAUGAGGAGAUCAACGCAGUAGCCCCCCUCCUCCACCAGCUCCGCCCCGCCGAUGUCAAGCUGGCGCUGCUCUCCCGCUCGGGGGGCUUCCUCCAAAAAGCAGCCUCCAUCGAUGCUCCUCAAGGUGUUGCUCUUAGUCUGUUCCCGGGUCAGGAUGAAGAGGACAUCUACAUCGAGAUGGUGGGGUCACAGCCCAGGGCUCACAGUCUCAAGGAGCCACCAGAGAGCCCGGAGCACGCAGAGGCAGUGUAUGAGGAGAUGACGUUCUUCCCUCCCGAAGAUGGUGCUCUGCCCCCCUCCAUGGUCAGUAAGGCAGCAAAGCUGGAGGCUCUCAGCUUGGGGCUGGCCGUGGGCUCUCUUGCUCCUCAGAGUGUGGAGUCCAAGAAGUCGGGAUUGGUGUCUGCUGCCUCUGACAACAUUCCCUCACAGAUCGCACCCAACAGUCUUCUCAAAACCCAACACACAAAGGAUGGAAGUUGUGACAUUCCUGCUCCGUUUCCUAACCUGCUUCCUCAUCGACCUCCGCUCCUCGUAUUCCCUCCGUCACCUGUAACCUGCUCCCCUGCCUCAGACGAGUCUCCUCUCACUCCUCUGGAGGUGAAGAAGCUUCCUGUGUUUGAGACAAACCUCAAUUAUGCGACCGGACCAGACAGCCCGCUGUCACCUCAGUAUUCCCGCCAGAGAGCCGACUCCUCUCCCAGCCUCUCCAUCCUCCUGCCUGAGAAGAAGUCCACACCUCCACUGACCCCUCCACCUCCUCUCCCUGCCCCCAACGGUCCACCUCCUCCCUACCGACCUCCGUCUCACUUUCCGUUCCCACCAGAGGCCAACGUCUUCAGUCUGACCCGAGCGGGGUCGGUGAACAGCUCCGAUUGUCCCAAACCCUCGUCCACACAGAGGUCGAAUGUGGAGGCUCUGGGAAAGCCUCCUCCUUACUCCCCAGUGAAGAUGACCCGGCCGGAACCUCGGAGAGCUCACUCCUGCUCCUCGUCGCCACUGCUCUUCAACCCGGCAAAUGGAAGAGCCCUGACCAGCCCCAUGGACGAGCUCAACACUCUCUUCAGUUCAGGACGCAGCCUGUUGAGGAAGUCCGGUCGCAAGAUGAGAGAUGGAGGAUUCAACUCCAACAUCAACACCCCGGGCCGGGAGGACUGCGGGUCCGCACCCACGUCGCCGUCUCUGCAACUUCAGGACAAAAACGCCAACAACCAUUCGCUGCACUCGUCGAGUCCUGCGCACGUAGAGAACGGCAACCAGAUCUCCAACGGGUCUCUGGAGGAUGAGAGUCACAGCAAGCCAAACUCUUCCACUUCUACCUCUCUGCACCGACACAUGGACAGUCAUCACACUCAGGUGCUUCCCAGGCGACACCAGUCCAUCGGGGACAAGGCCGCCACGAUGGGGGAUGUUCUGCGUUGGAGACGGGUGCAGUGUGAGGGGCGGGGCCACUGGAAGCCGCGUCCAGCUCAGACCCUUCCCCCCACACUGCUGCGGACCAGACGGAAAGCCUUGCCGUGAAACAUCGCUCUGGUCGUCGGCGACCUUCGUCUCAACCAAACUUUAUUUAUUCUUCAGUGGACCAAGUGACCUCAGAGCCCAGAGGGGGACUCGGUGUAUUUAUUUAUGGCACUUCUUAAUAAAUUAUGUCAGAUUAGUGUCUAUGACUAGGUAGAUUAACAUUAAUGCUGUAGUACACUUACUGAACAAGACUGUAGAGAGAUGGUGGGGGGCAUUUCUUAUUUUGAGAGUCACACAUAUUUAUAUUUUUCAUCCACUAUUUUAAUAUAUAUUAUUUAAUGACAUUUUAUGAACAUUUUAUACACUAUUUUUUGUAUUUAUUGCCAACCACUUUUUGUUUUAGAGCUAACAGUAAAAAAUGUUGUUGGUUUUUUUCAACUUUAGCUUUUAUUUAUUCACAUAAGUGACUUUUAAACUCAAAUUGUGACUUUAGAACUAAGAAAUCACCACCAAUUUUCACUGACACUUUAAGGACUGGGUUGACUGGACGGAUGUUUCUGGGCUAAAACACGGUGCUGAAAACACCUGACGUGCUCUUCGUGUGCGUCUCUGUCAAGGUUCCCACUCCGAUGCCUUGGAGCUCCCAGCUCUCUGGAACCGUACACGCUCGUCUGUGUUCAGGUACACGACUCUCGUUCAGGCUCCUUAAAUGCCGCCCUGGCUGUACGUCCCCAGGAGUCAGGGUGACCUCAGUAAAAUCCCACGGUGCACGCUGCUACCACCAGCCUUGAAGGGAAACAUGCACUAACCUUUACGACUGCUUUGGUUUUGAGAAGCCCUGACGGAGAUAAAGUUCAUGUUGUCAUCCUGCAACUGUGCCAAAGCUUCACGACUGACGUGGAAACAAGAUGCUAUGAGAGAGAAGGAAAUGUGAGGACAGUGUUUGUACAGACAUAACCUGUUGACCCCUCGUGUCCUGACCUGACCCUCAAAAUACUGGUGUCUCCUGUCACUCAGACAUUUGUGCUCCACCCACUUUCAGAAAUACAACAGGGGAUCAAAUUCAUAUUUGCCCCACGCUUUUUAUAAGAGUGGAUCCUCCACUUUCCCAUUAGCCUCGACCCAUUUCACUGCUACUUAACGUCAAAACCACAUGCUUACUGUUAAUGCUAAUCAUUUACAUUAUUCAUUAUAUUCAUAUUCAAUAUUCAGGAACAUGAAUCGCCCAAUUUCAUACCGGAGCAAUGUUUUCUGUUGUGAUGAGGCUUCAUGAAACAGUGUCCUCAUUUUCAGAGUCCACUCGAUCUCUGCUGUUAUAUUUGGAUUUGAACAACCAUUUCAAUGAAACAUCUCAUCCUUUUUCAAAGCUAGAGCGCCACCUACUGGGGUCUGAAAAUGAGAACACUGUUUUACGACGCCUCAUCAACUCAUCACUAGGUUUCAGUCUGUGGUACAGUAUCAUAGACUCGGAGUAUCGCCAGCGUCGCAGAUGAAAGGAAUUAAAGCCAGUGUUGGUGCCACGACAACAGCCCAAAAGGUGGUUGAAGGUCUUGUAGUUGAUCACAAAAAAUACUAGUCUAGUCACAGUAGUGAAAAACAAAAAUGUGAACGCCUUCAGUCUCUCAUAGAUGUGGAAUCUACUGCAUGGUAUGGUACUCAAGAAGACGUUUCUAAGUCGUCUCUGCCGUCGUCGAUUGCUGGAAAAACAACCCUCAAGCUAGUUCAAAAAUGAAAUACCAUUUUACUCGACUGGACUUUUAAGGUGCUGACCUAAUGUAACCAUUGCAAACACCAAAUUAUGAGCUUCAAUUUAGGAUGUUAUGUUAGUUCAUCUUUGGUUGUCCUGUCUGUGAGCGUUCAGUAUUUCCAUCAGAGACUGCCGCGGCGAGUCAGCCUCCUCCAACUCCUCCACCUCAGCCAAUAUUGAUCAUUCCUCAAGUCACACCUGUCCUCGUCUUGCCCUUCUUAACCUCAUCACUGAACCUCUUUGCUUGUUUUUUUUCCUGGUACCAAUUUCAUUACAGUCCUAAUAAGCUUCCCCUUUGCUGCUGCUUUUGUGGUGUCCGCCGUGUCUUCACUCUCCUCUUCACUUCCCUUGCUCUCCGACCACUACACUAGACACGGCUGCUCUCACUACCUCCACACCCUCUAUCUCCACUUCCAUUCCCCUCCUUCCUCUCACUGAAUCAGGUCUAAUGUGACCCCAAACCAGUGAGUGGAGCACAAAUGACUCUGACUCUGUAAAUAUGUUAAAAGCACAGUUGAAACUGUCUGUGAUGGUGGAACUGAGAUGGCGAAUGUCUCGGGUACGAUGCAAUGACGGAGAUGUUUUAUUUUAAAAUGUGACUUUACUUUGGGGCGAUUUGAAAUCCUCCCGAGUGUACAGACGAUCUAUUGCACAAUGUUGGUGUCGUGUUGUCUUGUGCGACGGGCCGGGCCGGGCGUGUCUCCGCGAAAAGAAAAUCACUCUCAAUUGUUCCCAGUGUCAAUAUUCCCCAUCGAUCCCUCAUUCCCACUGAUCACCCGCGAUGUGUGGGAUUGAUUCUGCCUGUUUUUGGAUUGACGGCGCCAUCGCGGAUCAAUCCCAGCUGCUGUCUGUGCAUGAAGCCGCACAAAUAUCCCCCGGUAGAAUGUACAGUUGUGUAGAAGUGAUGUAUGUACGCAUCUUUAAUACGAGCCUCACCUGAAGGGGGCGCUGGAGGAAGCAUGGGAAUGCUGCAAUGCAGAGCGCCGUGUUUCCGAUAUUCUACAGCGAACCCACGUGUGAUGAGAGAACUGACCUUGUGAUAUCAAUGAAGGAGUAUUUAUAGCCUCUUUAUUGUGAGCGGCAGCCUGGUUUUCUGUGAAGCAAGAAAGCCGUUGAUUUGCUUUUUCUGAUCUCACCUGGAACAUUCUAACGUGAUUAUGUUGAGGAGAUUUUACAGCCUCCCACUGCCCUGACUCACCGGCCGCCGUUUCCCAUCUGGGCGCUUGUCAUCGAUUGACAGCAUCAGCCCGUUAAACACAUUAGCUGCCUCGAUCCAAGACGACCGAGCUCAGCCUGCCAAAAACAUUAAAAAAAAAAAGAACUUCUAGUGGUUGAAUACCUGCCAGAUAUUAUCUCCAUAAGUGUUGCCAUGUGACGUCCACGUGUCGCUGUGCGGGGUUCCACUGCCUUUUACACCGCUCUUCUUUGUAUUUAUUUUUUACUGUUCUGUACAUAACAUGCCGUUUAUGUUGACCUGCAUCUGUGUCCAUGGUGAUCUUUCAUAUUUGUUAUGUUACCAAUGUUUUAUAAGUACCUGUACAGCAAUAAAGAAGAACUGUGUCCAAGUCCGCCUCG